CAGACAUUUUUGCCUCUUGGUUCACUUUGCCACUUCAAAGUUCAAACUAUAAGCUGUGAUAGUUAUGUCAAGCACAGAUGGUGCAGGCGCAGGGAUUUAUGCAACUAUCGUCGUUGUUGUGAUAAUGGUGAAGCUAGCUAUUGUAGUUUGUGUAUGCCGAGAAAGGAUGAAGAAUAAUAAAGACGGAUCGGUUCGUCCAGCCAUACCGUUCUUGACAAUCACAAUUGAUAAGUUCUUGAAUGAUAUUGAAAGGGAGAAGCCAAUCAGAUUCACCGAUCAGCAGCUACGCAUUGCGACCGAUAACUACUCGAAUUUGUUGGGAUCAGGAGGUUUCGGCGCAGUUUACAAAGGAAUCUUCAGCAACGGCACAAUUGUGGCUGUGAAGGUGUUGUAUGGAAGUUCUGACAAAAGAAUUCAAGAACAGUUUAUGGCAGAAAUGGGAACACUUGGUAGGAUCCACCAUUUCAAUCUUGUUCGGCUGUACGGAUUUUGUUUCGAAAGGAACUUGAUAGCGUUGGUUUAUGAGUACAUGGGAAAUGGAUCUCUUGACAGGUAUUUGUUUAGAGAAAUCAAGGCUUUGGAGUUUGAAAAGCUUCAUGAGAUUGCGGUUGGAACAGCAAGAGGCAUCGCUUAUUUACAUGAAGAGUGCCAACACAGAAUAAUCCAUUAUGAUAUAAAACCAGGGAAUAUUCUCUUGGACAAGAAUUUCAAUCCAAAAGUCGCCGAUUUUGGUUUGGCCAAGCUUUGUAACAGGGAUAAUACUCAUAUAUCCAUGACUGGAGGCAGGGGAACUCCCGGUUACGCUGCACCGGAGCUUUGGAUGCCAUUUCCUGUUACUCACAAGUGCGAUGUUUACAGCUUUGGCAUGUUGUUAUUCGAAAUCAUAGGCAGGAGAAGAAACGUAGACACGAAUCUUUCAGAAAGUCAGGAAUGGUUUCCAAUCUGGGUUUGGAAGAAAUACGAUGGCGGAGAAUUAGGAAAUUCGAAAAUAGUGGCGGAAAUGGAAGAGAAACAAAAGGAAAUGACAAUGAGAAUGGUCAGGGUGGCUCUAUGGUGUGUCCAAUAUAGGCCAGAACUAAGGCCUAAUAUGAGUGUUGUGGUGAAAAUGUUGGAAGGUUCAGAUGAGAUUCCAGAACCAUUGAAUCCAUUUCAACACUUGAUUGGAGGUACUUUUGUUGCUCAUCCAGUGCAAGUUUCACAGGGCUAUACUGAAAGCAGUAGCAUCUAUACUGGCUCUUCUAUUAUGGUAACUGACUCAAGCAUUGUGUGUGCAACUCCUAUUAUGCACAAGUAUGAGAUUGAAUUAGCCUCUAGCAGAGUUGAUGACUCAUCCAGGACACAUUAAUUCUUCACAUAUAAAGCUUCUGUGAUGUACCAUUGAUUAAGUUGUAAAUUAAAUUAUGUAAC